AUGCCUGAAAGUGUGUGUGGACAACCAUACCAAUCACCGAUUUCAGCGCCAUUACAGUCUUUCAGAGUUAACGUCACCCCUCCCUUUGCGGUUACCGGAGUUGACUUUACUGGCGCACUUUACGUUAGAGAACCUCACGGCAGAGAAACAAAGGCAUACGUAUGUUUAUUUACAUGCGCUGUUACUCGUGCUGUCCACCUUGAACUCGUGCCGGACUUGUCCACAAAGUCAUUUCUAGACGCAUUUCGCAGAUUCGCGGCACGAAGAUCGCUCCCCAAGAAAAUGAUAUCAGAUAACGCGUCUACAUAUCUGUCUGCUGCUAAUGAAAUCAAACGAUUAUUGGAUUCCCCUGAAAUUCAAACCUAUCUCACGAACAGACGCGUGCAAUGGUCAUUCAUACCCAAACGAGCACCGUGGUUCGGGGGUUUUUGGGAGCGUUUGAUUGGCCUCACCAAAACUGCUAUAAAGAAAGUCUUGGGUCGUUCAUUCGUAACAUCCGACGAACUCAAUACUAUCAUAACUGAAAUCGAAUCUACUCUAAACGACCGUCCCCUGACGUAUGUGUCUACGGACAUUGACGACGCAACCCCGCUCACUCCGUCACAUUUAUUAAUUGGUCGCUUGGUUACGCCACUUCCGCAUUUCGUCGUGGACGACGAUGAAUUAUCUGACCCGACAUUUGGAAAUCGACUAGAUCUCGAGAAACGCUACGCUCAUAUAUGUAAAUUACUAGAACAAUUUUGGAAACGUUGGACUAGCGAAUGUCUUUGCGAGAACGACACAACAAUACGGUUGGUGCAACGGACAAUACAAUUAAGGUCGGUGAUGUUGUGUUAA